UCCAGUGUCCUGUUUUGCAGCUUCCCCAUGAUGACGUGAUUGAUGUUUCCCUUGUCUCUCCCGACUCAAGAUCAGACGAUUCAUUCCUCCUCCUCCUUCUCCUCCUCUGUUUCUGUCUUCUUUCUCUCUCCUCUUCACCUGACGCCACUGUAUAUUCUGCUUCCGAGUGUGCGUGAGGUUUAGAGAGAAGUCUCUCCGGGAGAGAGAGAGAGAGAGAGACUUGGUGCAGGUGUUGAAUUGCGACCCGACCCAUGUCGUGUUUUCCUUCAAAUAUUGUUUAUUUGUUUGUUCUUUAGGAAAAUGAACCCUUCUUGGGGAGAGUUGGGUGAUGGGGGCCAUUUCGGGCAAACGUGAGGGAGAAGUAAUCGGUGGAGGUCAGUGACGGCUUGGGAUUUCAUUGACUUUCUCUCCGCAAGAGAAAGAUUCAAUCUUUAUCUGUUCUCUCUCUCUCUUGCGUUGAAUUGCUUCUUCUUCGAUCCAUUUUAAGAAACUAGCGUACAGGGGAAGAGUUUAUUGGUAGAUAUGGAGACGGAUCUGUGAGUGCAUUCCAAUAAUGUUGCUGGCUUUAUUUAUAGUAUGAUGCUUAUUUCAUUGAUGGAAGACUGUUUUUAGUUUUCGAGUCGUUGCUUUGUGGUAUGUGUGGUGUGAUGGAUCAGAUUAGACAUGAUUUAGAAACUGGUGGAAGCUUGAAUCAAGCUGAUUCUGGUACAAGGGAGCAUUCUGAACAUUCUGUCGAUGAGACUGGCGUUGUGAUUGAUUUAGAGGAUGGUCCCAUGGCAAGUCCACAACAAGUGGGGCAAUCGGAGACUCGAAGUGAUGAUUUGGGUUCUAGUGGGGUUGCUGUUGAAGUGGCUGAUAAUGCUAUUUGGGUUCAUCAAGAGAGAAAUGAUGGGUCAUUAGGGCAAGUGGGUGAUCAAGGGACAAGUAGAUGUUCUGAGGAGGACGGUAUUGAUCAAGGAUUGGAAGCAAAGGGGGGCGGGGAAUCAAAGUCCGAGACGGUACCGAAGGAGGAUUUGAAGAAGAGUGUCUGUGCAAAAGGGGAUGAUUCGUAUCUGAUUGAUAUCCAGUGUAGUAAUGUUCAUGGUGGCUGUGGCGAAAAUGGUGAAGGGGAGAGAGUUUGCAGGAUUUGUCAUCUGAGUUCUGAGCAGUCGGUGGAUGCUAUUCCCGGGAUGACGAUGGGCGAUGGUAUGACUGCUGCAAUGUCAAGUAUCGAAUUGAUUCAGCUAGGAUGUGGGUGCAAAGAUGAGCUCGGGAUUGUGCACAGUCACUGUGCCGAGGCAUGGUUUAAACUGAAAGGGAAUAGGUUCUGUGAAAUUUGCUGUGAAACUGCUAAAAAUAUCUCCGGUGUUGGAGAUCAUAGAUUUAUGGAAGAGUGGAACGAAAGAAGAUUUAUAACUGGCAAUAUCAACUCGCCUGAAAGAGGGGGGUGUUGGCGGGGACAACCGUUUUGUAACUUCUUGAUGGCGUGUCUGGUAAUAGCUUUCGUACUCCCGUGGUUCUUCCGUGUAAAUAUGUUCUAGAAGGUGGUGUGGGUGAUCAUAUAGAGAUUCUUUAAAUCCUUGGGUACCCAUACUUGUCGCCGCACGGUGCUGCUUCUGGGUUCUUGCCACGAACCCCUGCUAUUGGUAGUCUCGCCAGAUUUCUCCGCGAUUCCUUCUGCAGUUUACAAAUAUCGAAAUUGCAACGUGGAUCGACUCCCUUGGUCAAAAUGAUACGGUUGCAGUGAUCUGGGUCAUUAUACUCCCAAAAUUUCUUGCAUUCUGCAGAAGGAGCUGGACAGCAAACUCUCGAUUCACAGAAAACUGGGAAGUUGGUCCUUGCAACUUGAUAUUUAUCUGUCCUCAAGGAUGUGCUUUGUUUGGUACUUUUGGCUCUUCAUCCUCCUCUGUUGGUAGAUUUCGUAGUUCGUUACAAGAUCCGUCGACAUGUUUGCUCCAAUUUGCAGCGCAUCUUUUUACUGCUUUGUCUGAAUUGUAUGUGAACGUCCGUCCUUCAACAGUCACAGUUGCUGCAUUUUUUUGUGGACAUGUUUGGAACCACAAUCCUUAUAUGGUGAAAGCAAGUAUAGUGCAUCUUACUUGAAAA